UAGAGUAAACAAUAAAAAUUGGUUUUGUUGGCUCAUGCUUGAAUUUGCUUUUUCUUUUUUUGCAAUGUUUUAUCGACGUACCGACAUCUUGAUACAGGUAUUGGGCACCAGGUGGUUGCGACAGUUUUGUCAGCAAGCUGGUCAACGUGAACCAGCAGUGUCUUUAAGUAGUUGUGCUGUACGCCCCGAGAUAAAAUCCACAGAAACGAACAAUACCAGCAAUAACCAUAUCGAUGAAGACGCUGCCAGCAUUCUAAAGUUUGUUAACACAGCUUCAGUGACAGAGCUAGCUUCGACAAGACAUGUCUCCUCUUAUAUCGCGAGGCAUAUCUCAUCACACAGAGAAGAGCACGGGCCCUUUGCUAGUGUAGCUGAUCUCCUGCAAGUGCCCGGUAUUGGAACACAACGGUUACAGACAAUCUGCAGGGGAAUAAUGAGGCCGCCAUUGGAAGUAGAUGUAGCAAAACGUGAUGGGUCAAAAAACGACAAAAUAGGAAUAGCUAAUAGUAGGAUAGAGGCAGUGAAAGAUGUAGUGGCAGUGGACAUUGGACUGAAACAUAUUAGUUGGGUUCACGUGAGCAAAGAUCGAUGGGUUGGGGAGUGGAGAUUGAAGGAUAUUGUUGGCAUUACAUCCGGCAAGUGGGACCCUCCAUCCUACCUUAAGAUCAUUACAGAGACAAUAAGUGAAAUGCCCAAGCCAGAUCUGUACGUCCUUCAGCAUAAAUCCUACAGUAAUGCCAACAAGUCAACCUUCCCGAUGUUUCUCUUCCAGCGGACUAUGGAAUGCAUGCUGUACACCUCCCUGAAUCAUGACUCGGCAGACACCGGUACCCUGCAUGCCAUCUCAAUACCCCAGUUGCAGAUCGGUCGUCACUUUAACCUGCAGGUUAGAGGGGUCCGGAUGAGUGGACAGGAAUUGGUCUCUAAUCUAAUCCGAGAGGGGGUCGACAGGGGGUCAGAAGGUCAUGACCCCUCAGUGCGGAUAGCUGAUGAGGAUGCAGAUAUUUUUCACAAUGCGACUAAACAUGAGAGGGAGCAUCUCUCGAACUGCUUGCUACAGGCAAUAGCCUUCUUUGACUUGAUGGUGGGCAAGACGUAAUUCAGCCGAGGAAACGCAUUUUUUUAAUAAUAGAAUAUCUGAUAUUUCAAUCCUUCAACAAACAGUGGUACAUACAUGUAUGCAUCGACACAAAGAGGUUAACUAAGACAAACCUUAUCAUUGCAAAAAGUAUUUUGGGUUGAACUAGGAAAAAUUUACUAACUAGAGCAAGUUUUUAAUCUGCCACUUUGAGAUUAAUAUGCAGGCGCUCCACCAACUUAGCCAUGUAUCCCGAAUAUUGGCGGUCUUCCCAUUUUGACAAUACCUUUGUUCAUGGGAUGCCAGGCAUAAGCCAUUCAACUUGUAACUGCUGUGUAGCCAGGGAUCACACUCAACUUUACGAUACAACCUGGGAAGCAGCAGGAGAGGGAACACGUUGUGAUCAGUCACAUGUCACUCCUGUAACAUCUCUGGAGCGCUGGCUUGUUAAUUUGGAAGUCGCAGGUUCAACUCAUGCACUAGUCAAAUUUUCUUUGUUUAGCAGACAA